AUGGAUUUUAUAAUAACAUCGGCGAAUUUAAUUCCAAUAAAUAAUAAAACAAGUGUCGAGGAUGUGUUGAACUAUUCCAAAGUAGAAAUUCAAGCGUUUUUACGCGCAAAUAAUGUUAAAAUUAGUGAAAGCAAGUUGACACUUGCCCAACGGGUAGUAGAUACGAUCGGAUCGCGGUGUGACAUUGUGUCGGAUUGUGCACCACAGUCGUCAUCUUGUGGUGUUGAAACUCCCGAAAUAGCUGUGCUCCGAGCAGGAUGGACUGGGACUUCAUGUCAUUUCCCUACAGUGAAGCUUAGCGACAUCGAGAGCUACUUACUGCACAGUAGCCACCGCACAGAAGAUGCCGAAAAAAUGCAGUGCUACAGACAAAACAUCAGGGGUCUCAAUUUUUAUAAAGAAGGAUUUAUCAACAAAAUUAUGAUAAAUUUCAUAAGCGACAGCAGCAAGCACUGCUACAUUCACUCCAAAUGUUAUCCUUCAAUGCAGCAAGGUGUCUAUAAGCAAUGGAUUUUAAUGACCAAGGAGAGACCCUUUAAAGUUGUGAAGGCAUACUGCACAUGCCCUGCAGGAUGUGGAGAGGGAUGCACACACAUUGCUGGCCUGCUGUUUGCGCUUGAAGGGAGACCACCUUCAGACGAGCUUGAAGAUGAAGCCUGCACAUUGAAUUGAAAUGAACAUUGCAGAAAAAGUGUCGAUAUUGCUUAUAUUCGUCCAUAUCCGCACUUUUCGGUCAUAUCCGCGGAUAUGAGUCAUAUACGCAUUUUAGACGGACCGCUUUUUACCCGGGAUACUCGUGAUACCUUCCCGAAUGGGAGACAACUUCUUAAUUACGAAAAGACCGAAUAUGGCGACGUCCAUGCCGAGGAAGGUAUUUUAUCCCAUCAUCUGACGUGCAUUGUCGAAAUAAACCACUGUGGAAUAAAUUUUCCUCUAUUUCGGCAGUGCUGAAAUAUAGCUGUCACGCGCGGCGGAGAAUGGUCAUAUUUCUCGGAAUCAACUAUAAAGUAAUCAUUUUAGUAAAAUCGAAUCAGAUUCAACAAAACAAACAAUUUGAUACCAAGAUGUAAUAUAUUUUUAACACAUAAUGCAACUCAAAAAGCAAAAAAAAAACAUUAUUUACAAAUAUUACGUGCGCGUACUCGUGACGUCAUUAUUAACACGUCAUACGACACAAUGCAUGUUCUUUCACGCUAAAGCUGCAGUUGUUUAGUGUUUUUUUUUCCAUUAUUUCUUAAAAAUCGGGGACGUAGAGGUAUGAUAAACAGAAAAACAGGUUAGUUACUGAUCUUUUUGUAAUGUAGUAGGCUCGGCACGAUUAAAAUAAUGAAACAAUGUUUGCUUAAAAUAACUUUGGGAUUUUCCGUGUAGUUCGAUUUUCCUAUUCUAUUUUUAAAGAAAUAAUUUACGACUAAGAAAAUUGAUGGGAUAAAUCGCAUACUAGGUCGGUGCCGAAUAAAGCAAAGUUUAUUUUGCUCGGCACGAAAAUCUGAACCAAUCGCCAAGGCUCUUGGUUCAGAUUUUCUAAGCCUCGCAAAAUAAACUUUGCUUUAUUCGGCACCGACCUAGUAUUCUCUAUUUUCGCCGUUUUAUACCGUUUAUUUUUUGUAUUAUUUUUUAAAUAACGCUCACUCUCAAGCCAUAUCAGCAAAAGUUACUAGCGUUUAUUCGUAUAAAUAUUCGCUAUACAUGUAUAUCUCGACUUUAUUCGCUGCGCAAUUUCUUAGCGGGAUGACCUAAUUACAGCUUAGAAAAUUUGCGAAGAGUAAAGUCGAGAUAUAAAGCGAUUUGAUACGAAAUAAACGCUAAUCAUCUUUUUCAUGAUAUGCCUGGAAAGUGAGCGUCAUUUAAAAAAUAAACAAAAGUAAUAAAGGCUAAGAAACGGCAAACAUAAUUGCCUCGGCAUGGGCGUCGCCAUCUUGACUUUCACGUGAUUAUCCCCUCUGUUUACUAAAGUUGUAUAGAUAUUAUGUUCAAUGUGCAGAAUCAAAGGGGUUUCCCGGGUUUUACACACGGGCUGGAAAGAAUGAAAACACACCGUAAAGAACUUUAUUUUUGCAAAUAUCUCAAGUUAUGAAAUGCAUUUGCAAAAAUCUUCAGUACAUGAAAGACAGUUUCAUUGCAGUGUGUGCCGAUACAUUAAUAAAUCUUUGAAUGCGUCUGAAAUCUUUGACAAAUUCACGUUGCGCGAAUCAUAACGUGUACAAUGAAUGCAGUAGACACGGAUUUUUUUAACUAGAAAAACAGGCUUAUUAAAUAAAGUAAUUCCAAUAUAUUUCACAUUACCAUAAGCAGCAUAAAAAUCUAUCUUUUAUGCACUAGUUGAAAUUCUUCAGAAAAAUAAUUUUAAAAAGUUAUUUGAAAUAAAGCCCCACUUACCGUCGUGUAUACAUCCAUUAGAGUUAAAAGGGGGAACCUUGCAAAGUCACGUGAUCCUGAAGUUCCUGAACCCUGUGUUUCGCUUCCGAAGAUAAUUUCUGCGUGGCACAGUGCUGGCGCAUCUGCUUACCCAUUUUUGACGACACGGGUUCGAAUAACGGCGCCGGCAGUGUGUUUUUUUCAACUUGUUUUUACAAUAAUUAUUUUAGUUGUAUUAAAACAUUUGAGAUUUGAAAAUAACCCUUUCUAAUGACAUUUGAAAAAACGCCAACAUCUGUUUUGAUUAAAUUAUCGUAGUUCCACAACUUGUUUAAUUGAUGCUAGUAUUCCAAUAAAUAGGGUCCUAAUAUUUUUUGCUGACUUUUUGCAUACUCAUUUAUGUGUUUUUAACAAAGUGAAUUUCGUCGUAUUUGAAUUUGAAAUAACAUACUUUUUCAAUGUUUUUAUUUAUGGGGUACCAGGGUGCAGGGUCACGUGACUUUUGGGGAUUCCCAAUUAAACGUUAAUGGAUUUAAACACACCUGUCAUUGGUGCUUUUUUCUAUAUAACUGUUUAAAACAACUUUUCUUGAUCAUAGCAACUAUGGCAAUGUGAAAUCGUCAGAAUUACUUUAUUUUUAUAAGCUUGUGUUCUUGUUCAAAAAUUAUAUGUGUAAUGCGUUUAUUUUGUUAAUAUGCGAUUAGAAAAUAUUUGAAUAAUUUGAAUACUGAUUUAAAACUUCAGAACGUGUGCUCCAACAUACAACGUGUAUUUAAUAUAUUGCGUAUGAAAUGAAGUCGGUUAAAAUAACAACAACAACAACAACACAAAAAUAUCAACAACGCAGUGAAUCUUUUUUCCGUGCGUCCCGCGUGCCAAACGCACCUUUUUUUCUGGGGACGCAUCAUUCUCAAACAUGUGCGUUUUCGGGACGCAUUGUUUAAAAACUCCGAUUCUCAACAUCGUCAAAGUUGUACAUGAUACCGAGUACGAUUCGUGGAUAUAAGCAAAAAUUUGAUCCUCAACAAUUAAAACUCGCUGUGUAGAUAUUUUUCGAUAACGCAGCCUCGAUGUAAACCAUGUGGUUUAAAUAUGAAGAAUAAACGGCGGAAAACACAGUUUUCGUUCGUCUGUUGUGAGCGCAGACAGUUAUUAUUUAUAUAGUAAAGCGAUGUUAUUAUACUAUUUUUGGAUUAAUUGAGCAGUGUUGUUUUUUCUAAAGUGACAUUUAAAAUUUGCUAGUUCUGAAAUAAAUAGCAUUAUUUUUAUACGGUACAUACAUAAUAGUGAUACAGAUCGUACAGUAUUCCGUCCUAUGUUACGUAGAAUGUAAGUACAACACAGACAUCUACUGUUCAUACUGCAGGAUGUGAGAGGGGGGUUUUCUAUACAGAAUAAGGUCUUGACCAAAUUCAUGAACAGGUUUACUGUAGGGAAACAAGAAAAACUCAUGAGAGUGCAGUUGUGCAAUUUUGCCCGGAAUGAAUUUGUGGAAAAAGCUCUCCCUGUUUGGAGAAAUAACAAGGCGAGAAGGCUAUACACCUUUAAUACAGUAUGAGAGUUGUUACACUUAAUCUGUAUUGAAGUUCUAAACCUUUUGACCAAAGGAGAAAUUGUAUUUUGUCACACUGUUUGAAAGGGCUAAUUUUGAUCAAAAAAUUAUAAACUCUAGUCAACCAUUUAUUUAAAGUCUAGUCAGUCCAAACUGUUAAAGUAGUAAAAAGUUCUCUGUUUAAGAUGUUAUAUGUUUCACUGUUUGUUAUUAAAAGUAAAACAAAUAAAGAUUUUACUUGCUAUAAACCUAUUUCUGUUUUUAGCUGUCAAAUUGCAUAAAAGAGACCCUGGCUAAGGUGUAUCAUGUUAAGUAGAUUAUUUGUAACGAAUUUACAAAGACACAAUCUGGGACCCAUUGUUUUCAGUUUGGACCCAUUUUUUUCAAAAUAUGCGAGUCCCAGGGACUCAUUGAUGUAGAUUUCAAAAUGAAUCACUGCAACGAAUUGGAAAUGAAGCGAUCCUAACAGUUUAAUAAAUAGUAACAAACAAAAACAAGAAAACCAAAGAUUUAAUUUUGACGUUAAAUUCCGAGUGAAAAAGUCGUUAGCUGUAAAUAGAAAUUAUUUAAUGAUAAGGUUAAUGAAACCAAGAGCAUACAUAAAAUUCUAGCCAAUCAGAAAUUAAAUUUACAUCCAGGCAUUUACUGGCUCGCAAAAUACCAAGCUCCCUUGAUACAUUUGUAAGAUUUUCCGAGGAUAAAGGAUGGUUUUCAAUAUUUCACCACUUGUUGUUUCAUGUAUUUGUAAUUUAUUUAAAUUUUGAUAGCCUUUUCAUUCAAUCAACUUUUACUGCAGCAGAAACUUCACUGUAUAUUGCCAAUAGACUUUUAACGUCGUUGGUGCUCUCGUUACUCGCUGAAAAAAACAUGCCUUGUCGAAACCUAGUGUAUUUUAUAUAUGUUUAACAUAUUUAACCCAAUAAUUGUUUUCGGGAUAAAGUAAAAGAUCAUGUAAUAUCAUAUUAUAAUAAAUUUUAAUAUAGUUAA